GGCGGCGCACGGCACGUUGUAAAACCCUAGAAAAAAGAACUAGCCCUCGCUUCCUCCUCCCCCAAGUUUCCCACGCGCCGGCGAGCCGCGGCGAGACGGAGGUGAAGGAUGCCGCGGACCACGGUGUUGGAGAGCCCCGGCUGCCCGCCGCUUCGAGCCCUCACCACCGACAUCCUUGGCCUCGUCAAAGUCGUUGAGGCCCGCACGAAUCCGGCGGGCGCCGCCAAGGUCGUCGAGACAUGGGGCGAGCCUGACGCCUCCCGCGCCAUCGUCGCCGCCUCCCUCGCUGACCGUGCGGCCGACCCCGUGUUGGCUGUGGCGAGGAAGAACGGCGUGGUUGAGUUGCUGAAUCCCCUGAAUGGGGAUGCUCUGGCUGCUGUCAAGACCGUGGGACCAGCUUCAGAUGAUGGUAGUGCUGAAGGUGAUCCCCUUGUCACGCUGCACCUUUUCACAAGACAGGCUUCAGACUCAAUGUUAGGCACAUUUAUUGCCUGCACGGACAAGGGGAAAGCUUCUAUAAGGUCCAUCAUGAAAGAAAAUGCAGCUUCAGGCUCGGAUGCUGGGCCGUCAACCACGUGGGAUGUGUGCAGUGGGGGUGUACAAUUUUGCUCAGUGGAUCAUGGUGAAAGCUACGCAAUGUUUGGAGGGAAAGGUAUAGAAGUGAACUUGUGGGAUAUUGCAUCUUGUAGUAAGACAUGGUCUGCUAAAUCUCCCCGAGCUAAUAGUCUUGGUAUAUUCACUCGGCCUUGGUUCACUGCUGGAACCUUCUUGUGCAAGGAUGAUCAUCGUAAAAUUGUAGCAUGCACAAACAAUCAUCAGGUCCGCCUAUAUGAUACUUCAUUGCAAAGAAGACCUGCAAUCUCUGUUGAUUUUAGGGAGGCACCAAUCAAGGCAGUUGCUGCUGAUCCUAAUGGACAUGAUGUCUAUAUCGGUACAGGAACAGGGGACCUUGCUUCCUUUGACAUGAGAACAGGAAAAUUGCUGGGAUGCUAUAUUGGCAAAUGCAGUGGAAGUAUUAGAUCAAUUAUUAGGCAUCCGGAGCUACCUUUGAUAGCAUCUUGUGGAUUGGAUAGCUACUUACGUAUCUGGGACACAAACACAAGACAGUUGCUUUCUGCGGUAUUUCUGAAGCAGCAUCUUACAACUGUGGUUAUUGAUUCACAUUUUUCUGUGGAAGCGCCUGUAGAGACAAACUCCAAGCAACCAGAAUUUUUGGUGGAGGCUGAGGCUGAAGUCCGAAAAGAAAAGAAGAGUAAAACAAUUGAAGAGGAUGAGGCUGAGGCUGAAGUCCAAUUAGAAAAGAAGAAAAAGAAGAAAAAGGAGAGUAAAACAGUUGAAGAGGAUGUGGCUGAAGUCCGGAAAGAAAAGAAGAAAAAGAGUAGAACAACUGAAGAGGAUGAGGAGCGAGACAGCGAUGAAAUGUGCACUACCAAGAGAAGAAAAUCUGGAGAGAGAAGCAAAUGCAUGAAGAAGAGCAAGAAACAGCAUGUCGCCUAGGACAAGUAUCUUUGGUCUCAAACCUGCCUUUCACUUGAUUUUGUAGAAUCAUGCAUUUUUUUGAUUUGUAGUUUUGUUUAUUCGAAAUAUAAUUUAGUGAACCCACUUGAAACUCUGCGAGGGAAUUUCACCAUCCAUUCGUCUUAAUUAUUAAUAUGAAAAAAGGGGGAAUUGUUGCAUAUACGUCA